CACUCGGCGGGCUCGGCUCGGCCACCGCCGCCUUCGCCGGCCCCGUCGUGCGGGUCGCCGCGGCUACCUCGCCGUCUUCGAGUUGCCAGCGUGAGGAGCAUCGCGUUUGAGGCGGAGGCCAAGAGGAAGCUCCGCACGCGGUCUGCCACCUUCUGUCCUGGACACGUUGAUGUGCUGGAGCAUUGGCAUUUACCAUAGGACUUUGCUUCUGUCCUAAAGUAUCCAACACCCCACCAGCAUCUGACCUCAUACACCAAACUCUUGUAGUUAGCAGAGGGAAAGGCCGAAGCCUAUUGCUAUGGACAGUGCCAUCACCCUGUGGCAGUUCCUCCUCCAGCUCCUGCAGGAGCCUCAGAACAAGCACAUGAUCUGCUGGACCUCUGACAAUGGGGAGUUCAAGCUUCUGCAGGCAGAAGAGGUGGCUCGGCUCUGGGGGAUUCGCAAGAACAAGCCCAACAUGAAUUACGACAAACUCAGCCGAGCUCUCAGAUACUACUACGUGAAGAAUAUUAUUAAAAAAGUGAAUGGUCAGAAGUUUGUGUACAAGUUUGUGUCUUACCCAGAGAUUUUGAAAAUGGAUCCAAUGGCAGUGGGCAGGAUUGAGGGAGACUGUGAACCUCUAAAUUCCAAUGAAGUCAGCAGCAGCGGCUCCAAAGAUGUGGAGAAUGGUGGGAGAGAGAGAGCAGCCCCUCAGCCUGGCGCCAAGGCCUCUAGCCGCAACGACUACAUCCACUCUGGCUUGUAUUCUUCAUUUACUCUCAACUCACUGAACACCUCCAGCAAGAAGCUUUUCAAAUCUAUAAAGAUGGAGAAUCCAGCUGAGAAACUGGCCGAGAAAAAAUCUCAGGAGCCAACACCAUCGGUCAUCAGAUUUGUAACAACACCUUCCAAAAAGCUGCCCAGUGAACCUGUUCCUGUUGCCAUCUCAUCCGGGCCCAGUAUCUCUCCAUCUUCUGAAGAAACUAUCCAAGCACUGGAGACUUUGGUUUCUCCAAAACUACCUUCCUUGGAAGCCCCAACUACUUCCGUAUCCAGUGUAGAAGCCACUUUCACCCCCACACCUCCUGCUCCAUCCUUACCCCUUUCUUUGAAGGAGCCUUCUCGAACACCUUCUCCACCACUGAGUUCCAACCCGGACAUCGAUACAGACAUUGCAUCAUUGGCUUCUCAGCCAAUGGAACUUCCAGAGAACUUGUCACUGGAGUCUAAAAAUGAGGAUUCAGUUUUGCCAGAAAAGGACAAAACAAAUAGCUCAUCAAGGUCCAAAAAACCCAAAGGGUUAGAACUGGCACCCACUCUUGUGAUCACAGGCAGUGACCCGAGCCCACUGGGGAUUUUAAGCCCAUCUCUCCCUACGGCUUCUCUCACACCAGCACUUUUUUCUCAGACACCUAUCCUACUGACCCCAAGCCCUUUGCUCUCCAGCAUCCACUUUUGGACUACGCUCAGCCCUGUAGCUCCCCUGAGUCCUGCCAGACUUCAAGGUGCUAACACACUUUUCCAGUUUCCUUCUGUAUUGAAUAGUCAUGGACCAUUCACACUCUCUGGCCUGGAUGGACCUUCUACUCCUGGUCCAUUUUCUCCAGACCUGCAGAAGACAUAACCUAUGCACUUAUGGACAGAACCAAGGAACAAAAGAACCGAGCUCAACCUGAUUGCAUUUGAAGUGAGCGAUUAGUUCUGCAGUUCUGAUAAUAGACUAUUGUGGUUUUUUACCAUUUUCCAUCAAGAUACCUUUUAUGGGUUCCAUUUGACUCAGUGUUGGACUGUGUAUAAAAAUGCCUUAAUUGGAGUCCAAA